AUGGAGUUGGUCUGGUCUUGGAUACUCGCAUGGGGUUCCUUGUUUUUGGGGUUGUCAUGGACUUUACCAUUGCAGAAACAACACCAUGGACUCAGACCUGAAGAUGUUCAACUGGCUGAGAACUAUCUUACUCGUUUUUACAAGCUCAGCCCUGAACCCCAGCGAGAGCUGAGGUAUGACCGAAACCCCCGAACCACAUCCGAAACCGUGGACCACAGAAUCCGAGAGAUGCAGCACUUCUUUGGUCUGAGCGAGACUGGCCUCCUUGACCACCAGACUCUGGACACCAUGAAGGAGGCCAGGUGUGGGGUCCCAGACGUGGAUAAUUUCAACUUCUACCCCAACAAGCCCCGCUGGAAAAACAACACCAUCACCUACAUGAUUGCAAGGUACACUCCGGACAUGAGGAAGGAUGAUGUGGAUAAGUCAUUUCGUUUGGCAUUCAAGAUGUGGAGCGACGCCUCUCCACUCAAAUUUGUCCAAGUUGAACGUGGCAAAGCUGACAUCAUACUAACCUUUGCACGAGGAUUUCAUGGAGAUUUCUUCCCGUUUGAUGGACCAAAGGGGGUACUAGCUCACGCUUUUCAGCCCGGAUCAGGGAUUGGAGGAGAUAUCCACUUUGAUGAGGAUGAGACAUGGACAACAGGCAGCCAUGGUUACAGUCUAUUUGCAGUGGCUGCUCAUGAGCUGGGUCACUCUCUUGGUUUAACUCACUCCCAGGACCCCGCCGCCAUCAUGUACCCCAACUACAGAAGACGUAGCAACAAGCAGUACUCCCUGUCCAAAGACGAUAUACUCGGAAUUCAAACAUUAUAUGGUAAACCCAUGGAAAGAGCAGACAAGGCUCCCAGAAAGUGUGACCCAAACUUCUCCUUUGACGCAGCAGCAAUGAUCGGAAAUGAGAUGGUUUUCUUUAAAAACAGAUACAUGUGGAUGCGAACUACAUACACAACAUAUUGGAAUCAACUGAGAGAGGGCCAGAUGAGCACAUAUUUACCAAGUAUCUACUCUCAUAUCGAUGCUGCGUACGAUGACCCUGCAAGAGGCGUGGCCUACCUCUUCACUGGCCAUAAGUACUUUGUGGUUCAACAGCUGAAAAUGAAGAGUCACGCUGCCUCUAUCUCCGAUUUUGGGUUCUCCUCCAGUGUUAAGCACAUUGAUGCCGCGGUCCAUGUCAGUGAAUAUGGCAAAACUAUAUUCUUUACUGGCGACCUUUAUUACAGGUACGAUGAACGCAAAAGAAAACUAGAUAGUGGUUUCCCUCGACACAUCCAAACAGACUGGCCUGGGAUCCCAAGCAAAGUAAAUGCUGCCUUCAAGUUACAAGCACCAACUAUUGCUCCAACAAUUUCACCAGAUGACCAAACAAAAGCUGAGGAUUAUCUUUAUCAGUAUUAUUCUGAUAUUGGGGUUUCAAAUUCUACAACAAGAAGCCUCGUCAAAGCCAGAAACUUCACUGAGGACUUGGAAGCCAUGCAGUCAUUCUUUGGAUUGGAGGUGACUGGAAGUUUGAAUACAGAGACAUUAGAAGUCAUGAAGGCACCGAGGUGUGGUGUGUCAGACAUCAGCAGAUAUGGACACUUUCCUGGGAAACCUAAGUGGCAGAAAAGUCUAAUUACAUACAGGAUUACACAGUACACUCCAGAUCUUUCACAGGGACAAGUGGAUGCCACCAUUGCUCAGGCCUUUCAGCUGUACAGUGAUGUUAUCCCGUUAAACUUCAAACAGAUCUACAGUGGCACUGCAGACAUCAUGAUCCUGUUCAAGGGCGGAUAUCAUGGAGAUUUUUACCCUUUUGAUGGCGCUGGUGGGGUUUUGGCCCAUGCUAACUCUCCUGGAAGAGGGCAAGGAGGGGAUACUCACUUUGAUGAUGAUGAAACCUGGACUCUAACCCAAAGAGGUGUGAAUUUACUGCUGGUUGCGGCCCAUGAAUUUGGCCACGCUCUGGGUCUGGAUCACUCACGGGACAAACGUGCGCUGAUGUUUCCCACAUAUCAGUACGUCAACACAAACGGAUACAGACUACCAGACGAUGACAGGCGUGGAGUUCAAGCUCUUUAUGGCAGUCGAACACCAGACCCUAAACCCCAACCUCCACCCACACCUACCCCUGAGCCAGACCCAGUGGACCCUGAAGACCCAGACCCUCUGCCCAACCCCGGUGCAGAUAAAUGCAGCCGCAACUUGGUCUUUGAUGCAGCUACUUCUAUUAGAGGAGACUUGUACUUCUUCAAAAAUGGAUAUUACUGGAGAAAGAGUCGAUCAUUCAAUGGAAUACGUCUGGUUAAGGUUCCAUCUAGAUGGGGACAGAUAAAUCAAGUGGAUGCUGCUUAUGAGGUCCCAAAUGAAAGCAGAUUUUUUGUUUUUGAUGGCCGCCAAUAUUGGGGUAUAAGAUCUCAGUCAAAGACAAAAAUCCCUGGCUACCCAAAACCUUUGACAAAUCUAGGCCUCCCCUCUUGGGUCAGUAAGGUGGAUGCAGCAGUUUAUGUGACUUCAACUAGAAAGACACUAAUUUUUGUCAGGAAUCAAUACUGGAGCUAUGAUGAGGCCCGAAACCAAAUGGACUAUGGCUAUCCGCGAUACAUCACUCAAGAUUUCCCUGGUAUUGGUUCAAGGGUAGAUGCAGCGUUUGAGAAUUAUGGACAAGAGGCUUAUAUGGAGUCCCUCAACACCUUUGAAUCUGUGAUGGAGACCGACGGACAGGGAAACUACUCUUUAUUUCCUGCACUGGACAGUAUUGCAAGCUUGUCUGGGGCUGCCGAAACAUUGGAGAGUGAAGCUCCCAGUGAAGUUGCUGAAAAGCCAAACCUCACAUGGCUUGAUGCUGCACAGAUUGUGUUAGAAGAAGCAGGGAGGCCUAUGCAUAUCAAGGAGAUUAAGCAGAGAAUCAUCGACAGGGGACUUGUUCAGUCACAUGCAAAGUCAAGUUUGGAGGCGGUGAUGUACCGUGAGACACAAAAAGGCAGCAGGAGAUUCAAGAGGAUUGAGAACAAAAAUGGAUUCUUUGCAUUGCUGACCGAUGAGGACCGGCAUCAGGCCUUGCAACCUUAUACGCCGCAGUCUUUCUCUAGUUCUGGUUCAGGCACCUCAGCCCCUGCUUUCCCCUCCCCUGCAAGUUCAUCUGAGCAUAAGGUCAAGACCAAGAGAGGUCAACGGAAAAACCAAAAUGAAAAAUACAGACUGAAAUACUUACGAUUACGCAAAGCAGCUCGGACUAUGAUAUUUGAAAAUGCUGCCCUCUGUGAUGAAAUUGCACAUUUAGAAGAAAAGUUUAUAAGAGCAAAAGAAGAACGGAGAUUUUUACUGAAGUCACUGUUGCAGUACCAAUCAGUAUCGGAAGGGGAGCUCCUGCCCACACCCAGUGCUAGCACACAACAUCCUCCUGUUCAAAAUGUAGCAGUGACUUCAGGCUCUGCUGGGACAUCCGGCAUUUCAGGGGGACACAGCCUGCCCUUUGUGCCAAUGACUGAGGAUGGUACAGUAAAAAAGCCCAAGAAAGAAAGGAAAGAGAGAGCCAGAGAAAAUGGUAAAGAUGAAGUUGCAAGAAAGAUUUCCAAGAAGAGGAAACUCGCUGAUGGCUCUCGCAAAUUGGUGCAGCCCAUUCCUCUGGACUCAUCUGGACGUCCAGUAUUUCCAAUAGUACUUGGAGGUUUAACAGUUUACAGUUUGGGAGAGAUCAUCACAGACAGGAUGUUGUUUCAUGACGAGUGUGCCAUUUACCCCGUGGGCUUCUGCAGCACUCGAGUGUUUGCCAGUAUGAAGAGCCCUGAACAGCAGUGCCUCUACACAUGCCAGAUCAAGGAUGGUGGAGCAGGUCCACAGUUUGAAAUUGUCCCUGAAGAAGAUCCACAGAAUGCCAUAGUGGCCUCUUCUGCUCUGACGUGUCACGCCAAUCUCCUCAAGGCCGUAGCAGCAGCCAGCUUAAAACCUGUGGUCCCUGUCAUACCAUCUGGAGCAGACUUCUUUGGUUUCUCUCAUCCUACGAUACAAAAUCUCAUACAGAGCUGUCCUGGAGCCCGUAAAUGUACUAAUUAUCGAUGGAUACGUUUUGAGGUGUGUCGACCUGGAGAAGGACAGAUCGCUCACAGUCUAUCAGAGGAUGAUGCCUCUAUAAACUUUGAUGCCUUCCAGAGACACCAGAGUUUUAAAGACAUAAAGACUGAGCAUGUCAUAGUACAAACUCCUCAGUCACCCAGUUCUUCAAAUCUGAAACCUUCCACCUCUUACUACAGCUCCUGAAAAUCAGCAGUCACUCAUAAUGAAAACUG